UAUGGGUCUCAUGAGUCUUCUCAAGUACUCCCCUGUGAAUAGGCCAAGUACCCCCAAGGGGUCCUACUAGUACCCCUGGUUGGGAGCCACUGGUGUCCAGUACUGUUCACCAGAUGUAAAGGCCUGAGAGUAAGAUAUUUGCAUGCUUGUAAUAAACCAUAAACCAUAAACCAUUUAUAUUCAAAGGGAUCAAGUUCAACAUUUUAUUAGAAGUAUUUUAACCUAGUAUACAGUAGGCCUAGGUUCUACUCUAGUCUGGGAUGCUGAUGCUGCAUUACAGAUCAGUUAUUUUAAAAUAAAUAAAUGGUGAAGGUAAAUCUUACAUCCAACAGAGCAAAGAAAAAACACCUCGAGAUCGUUUAAUGGUGCGUACAUUGUUAUUACAUUGUUACUAUUUAUGAACAGAAUUUUAAAAAAGCUUGCUGAAAAUGUGACGAACACUCCCACUUUUUUCGGCGUAACCGCUACAUUCACAUCACGUGGUAGACGCCGGCUGCACGGAGACAGAUGACUACAGUCGUUGAAAUAGCAGAUUGCAGGAAGAUAGUCUCUUGGUAGGGUGGAGGGAUAUUAACGAACAAAAUGGGAGUAGAAAUUGAGACAAUAACCCCGGGCGAUGGAAGGACCUUCCCUAAAAAAGGACAGACGUGUGUGGUGCAUUAUGUUGGCUCCCUGACGGAUGGACGCAAGUUUGACUCCUCCCGUGACAGGAACAAGCCCUUCAGGUUUAAAAUAGGAAAACAGGAAGUGAUCCGUGGCUGGGAAGAGGGAGUGGUGCAGAUGAGUGUCGGUCAGAGAGCCAAGCUGACCUGCUCGCCUGACGUUGCAUACGGGGCAAAGGGCCACCCGGGGAUCAUUCCACCAAACGCCACCCUCAUCUUUGAUGUUGAGCUACUGAGCCUUGAAUGAAGUAUCCCCACUGCCUGUGUUUUAUAUUUGUUUCGUUGCUUCCUACCUUGGAAACAUGUAGAUAAGCUAGGAGAGUCUGUCCUUGAUUCUAUAAGAGGCCUGAGUCUAUAGUUACAACACUUUGGUCACUAUUUUAUCAAUUUAUACAAAAAUCUGCGUUUUUAUCAGUGACUCAGUUAUUUUGUUUUUCUUCACAUUCUUCUUUCUUUAAAAACCUUAAACCUUACAAACCUUGAUGUUCUUUUUAUCUCGAAUUGUUUAUACCAAUGAAAUAUUAGCAGCGUCAUUCGUCUCUUUUCGGGAGGACCUGUCAGUAACAUGCUUAUUAUUAUUAUUAUUAUUAUUAUAUUAUUGACGUGUAUUCUACCUGAGGAACAAAACUAAGAGUAUAUGAAAAGCACAUGUUUGCAUCCACACCUCUCCCAGCUGAAAGUAGAUAGAGAUGUAGGGCUUAGUGUAAUGUUGAGAGGCAUAAGUGUCGUGAAAUAUUGAGUCAUGGGAUGUCUUAAAGGUAUAAAACAGGAACUUUGUUUGAUAUGUUAUUUACCCAGACUAGAUAGUGAUGUAUUUUCUUUCAUUUUGAUUGUUAACUUUAUUAGGAGCUAGUGUGCAUUCUGCACAGAAGAAGUAGUACAGAAUGUUAUUGUUGUAUCAUAUUGUGUGUCUCUCAUUACCAGACACACGACCACCACCUAGCCCGUUCUGCAUGUCAUACUAAUGAUAUCAUGAUCUAUACCUGUUAAAGCUUUGCCUUUGAAUAACUUUUUUUCCCCUUAUGUUUCUUUCCAAGUCAAAUCUUUAACCCUGUUGAAAGCCAUAAACAUGUUAUUAACAGUGCAAAGAUGAGAACCGUAUAGUAUACGCACAUUAAUUGGAGUAGUGUUGAUGCUUUAGAAGUGAAAUGCCUGACAUUUUGAAAUGGGGUUGAGGAAUCGAUUCAAUUGUGACCUCCCCAAAAUGUAUUUUGUCUCACAAUUUGACAUUAUAUAUUUUUCAGAUGCCAACUUUCUUAAUAUGUGUAUGCGACCAAUACAAUUUGAUUUGAUAACUAAGAAUGACUUAUACUGUACCUAUAAUGUAACGGUAAAUAUUUUGUCAGUGUCAUUAGACUGACCACACUGCCUAAAUAAAAAAUGCUGUGUUGUGGUAGUCAGGUGACAGAGCCGUCCACGUUUUGUAUCACAUUUAAAAGUCUGUUGAAAUAGAGUUAAAUCUAAUGCAGAUAGAAGAUUUUUCAGAUGCUGUGCCAUCAUUGCUCUUGAUGUUACAGCUGUCUAGGCGCAUGACACAAAUACAGUUCUAUGUACUGUCUACGUGUGUGCUGCGUUACAUAGGCAGGCACAACCAAUACAAAAAAAUGUGCAGUUGCAAUAAAGUGCUCUCUACCUGC